UGGGAAGCCAGAUUGACUGAAGCGGUUGGGGGGGGGGGGGGCACGGGGGACGGGACGACAGGACACAGGUCUGGCACCAUGGACAGAGCCUCACCUGCCUUUGUUUCCCCAGCUGUGGAGGGCUGAGGCACCGUCUUCUCUACUCCCAGGGUUUUUGUGGGGAUCACGUGGGUCAGUGAAUGAGGACGUCCUUGUCUACCGGGCCCUCUGCUGAUGGGAAGGCCACUGGCCCGCUCACAUGGCAGAGCGGCCAGUAUCUGCCUCCCUUCCUCCCAAGCCUGCCUGGCAGAACUACUCAGUGUGCCGGCCCCUCUGGUUCACCUCUUGUUUUACACACAGGUCCGAGAGAUGUGAUCACCAUCCACAGCCACACAGCUAACACAUAGCGGCUGAGAUUUGAUCCGACUGAUUACAUACUCCAUUCUGUCCGCUUAUUCUAAUACCUCCUGAGUUGCUGGAUCCCCUCUAAGACCUAUUCCAACAAAUGCUGUUUGGUGUGGCUCUGCCUGAGCAGGCACAGGCUAGCAGCUAGGAUAGUGGCCUCUGGUUUCCAAUCACAGCUUUGCCAAUGGCCUUUCCUAUGGAAUACUCUUUGCCUGCUUCUCCAUAUGACAUAUAGGAGUGAUAAUGCCCAGGUUGUGGGGUAGCCAUAAGAAGAAUCUGGAAGAACAGGAGUGAAAACAUGCAUGGUAUAAAUUCUAGAGUGCUGUACAUUUGAAGGUAUCGAUUCCUGGAAUGAUGAUGAUUUUUUUUUUUGAUUUUUCGAGACAGGGUUUCUCCGUAGCUUUUGGUUCCUGUCCUGGAACUAGCUCUUGUAGACCAGACUGGCCUCGAACUCACAGAGAUCCGCCUGUCUCUGCCUUCCGAGUGCUGGGAUUAAAGGCAUGCGCCACCAACACCCGGCUGGAAUGAUGAUUAUUAAAAGUGCAAGUGUCUUUGCGGCAGAGCUGCUUUGUGACAGUGAGUCCCCCACCCCAGCUCAGUACUCAGAUGAUGACGAGUGUUUGUCAAGGGACAAAUUGCCUAUGGGUGCACACACUGAACAGGGCCAGUGUGUCUGGAGCUUGCUUAUGGUGGGUGGGGUUGGGCUGAGACUUGAUUUCCUUAAAGCAAAGCAUGACAGCCCUUAGCUUCAGAGAGAACACUUCGUCCGCUUCAGCUGAAGGACCAAGACACUCUAGGGCAGGGGCCGGAGGACUGGAUUUUGUAUACAUUGUGUUUCUGCCAUCCAGGAGUUCACAGAGACCUCCAGAAUUGUCUUUGGGUUUUCCCUUUUGCCUCCCUAACUGCUGCAACCAGCAUGGGGUACCCUAGACAAUUUUGGGGGGGAUUUGGUUUAUGGGUUCCUGAUGGUAUUUGAGUUCUCUAUUCACCUCAUACCAGGAAGUUGAGGGCUUUAGAGGUCAGGAACUAAGCCCUCAGGCUCUGAGGCAGCUCAACAUAAUUCUCCCAAGAUAGUCAACCAUGCAGCUGGCAUAGGGGGCAUAGAGUCAGGGGGUCCUGUCAUGUCUCCAGUGUGCAACCACAUAUUAAAUCUGUUUCUCUUGCCUUCCAGAAUAGAUUAUGCAGUCCAGUGCUCAGGGACAGAUGCAGACAGCUGUCACGUAGUACUUUGCAUGAGUGUGGGCAGCAAGUCCUCUAAAGAGAUGGAACCUGCCCUUGGUGCUUCCGUGAGUGAGCACAGUGUAUUCUAGAAGGAGUGCCUGAAGCUCUGGGGUUUUCUGGUUUUUUUUCUUUGUUUUUGUUUUUAUUUUGUUUAGUUCUUUUGAGACUGAGUUUUUCUGGGUAGCUCUGGCUGUCCUGGAACUCACUCUGUAAGCCAGGCUAGCCUCGAACUCAGAGAGAUCCGUCUGCCUCUGCCUCCCAAGUGCUGGAAUUAAAGAUGUGUACCACCACUGCCCAGCUGGUUUGUUUUUAUAUUUAUUUUUUAAGUAUUGCUGAUCUGUACUGAUUAUUUAAAUGAACAGUAUUCUUUUAAAAUAAAAGUUAAGGGACUCGUGAGAUUACACAUUGGGUAAAGGUUCUUGCUGCCAAGCCUGAUGACUUAAAUUCAGUCUCCAGAACCUAUGUAAGGUGGAAGAAGAGAACCAACUUCUGCAAGUCAUCUCCUGACCUCCACAAGCAUUCCAAGAGACAUGUGCCCUCCCUAAAAUGUAAAAUUUUUAUUUUUUAAGACAAAUUAGUUAAUGUUAUCAAAUACCAUACAAAAACCCACAAUAGCCAGGCAGUGGUGGCACAUGCCUAUAAUUAGUACCAGGGAGGUAGAAGCAGACAGAUCUCUAUGAGUUCAAGGCCAGCCUGGCCUACAGAAUGAGUUCCAGGACAGCCAAGGCUACACAGAGAAACCCUGUCUCACAGAGAAACCCUGUCUCAAAAAACCAACAACCAACCAAACAAAAAUGCACAAUAAAUAAUGAAAAGAGUAUGCCAAACCUUUAGCUUCUGUUUGCAGUAUUGAAAGUACAUGUCAGUUCUGAACCAAAAUAGUUCCAUUGAAGUACAAAACAGAAAUGAUAAGGAAGAAUCAAAAGAUGUGCAAUGGCUGCCUUUGGUGGUCAGCAAAACAAACCAACCACCAUUAGCUAUUUUGGAAAGAGAAAGUGGCUCCUAAUUUGUAGAUAAGGGAUAUCUUCAGUAGAUAAAUUAAUUACUAUUGGAGGAAGCCGCUUAUUGGUUCCUGGCUGCUUAAUCCCGAAAUAAUCACAUAGAAACUGUAUUAAUUAAAUCACUGCUUGGCCCAUUAGCUCUAGCUUCUUAUUGGCUAAUUCUUACAUCUUAACCCAUUUCUAUUAAUCUGUGUAUUGCCACGUGGAUGUGGCUUACUGGGUAAAAAUCUGUUCGGUGUCUGUCUCCGGCGGGGGCUACAUGGCAUCUCUCUGACUCUGCCUCUUUUCUUUCAGCAUGCCAUUUAGUUUUUCCUGCUUACCUAAGUUCUGCCCUAUCAACAGGCCAAGAUAGUUUUUUUUUUUUAUUCAUUAGUGGUAAUCACAGCAUAAAGAGGGGAAUCCCACGUCGGAAAUCCCACAUCAUACCGAACACUCAGAAAUCAUCUGCAACCAUAUCUUUUUUUUUUUUUUUUUUUUUUUGGUUUUUCGAGACAGGGUUUCUCUGUGGUUUUGGAGCCUGUCCUGGAACUAGCUCUUGUAGACCAGGCUGGUCUUGAACUCACAGAGAUCCGCCUGCCUCUGCCUCCCGAGUACUGGGAUUAAAGGCGUGUGCAACCACUGCCCGGCACCAGACAGUAAUCUUGAAACUCAACCACCACUCCACUUUCACAGGAUCCCAUAGAAAGAAUAUCACCCCCAUGAAAGCCAAAAGCAAUUCUAGAAGACGACGUCCCCUCCCCCAACAAAUUACAAACUGCAAAAGCUUGUCAGUCAUACAUAGAAGCAGCUCUUUGAGGCUAAGAAAAUCAGAAGCGGUGUUAGUACCAGCAAGCACAGGGUCUGCUCCUCUGGUUUACUGUCUUGUGCAAAAUGCAGGUUUGAGUGUUGUGCACAGUGUUUUAUGGUUAUUAAAAUGGGCCUUGAGUAAGGGUUAGAGUUCUGUAAUCUUAAACUUCAAAUUUUUAUUAAGUAAAAUAAAAGUUAUAACCAAAUUUGGUGUGCCUAAACAAGACCUGAACAAUGACAAUAUCGAUAGACAUGCUAACUUGAAAGAGGAAAUUCUCAUAGGGGUCACAUUCCUAGACAGAGAACUACAGCUAACUACUGACUGCUGAGAGAGGGAGAAUUAGUUUCACUCAGAAAUGAACCCCUAGUUAGUUAUCUAGUACAAAGUGGUAAGCCCAGAAAUCAUAUACACAUGGAGUCGGCAGAUUGUAUUUAUUUUAUUUAUGCAUAUAUACGUAACAAUAAAGAAAAAGAGGCCAUCAAUUUGAGAAAGAAUUAAUCAGGGAGACAUAGGAAAGGAACAAGGGAAGUAAUCUAAUUAUACUUUAAUUUAAUUAUUUUUUUCAGAACAGGGUUUCUCUGUAUAGCUCUAGCUGUCCUGGAAUUCACUCUCUAGACCAGGCUGGCCUUGAACUCACAGAGAUCCACCUGCCUCUGCCUUCUAAGUGCAGGGAUUAUAAGGCUUGUGCCACCACUGCCCAGCCAGACUAAUUUAAUUUUUUUUAUUUCUUUUUUUUAAAUUUUUUUAUAGCCUACAGCACCUGGUAUUCCCAGGUAAUUUAAAUUUUUUAAUAAAAAAACUUUUGGAAGGUCAUAGCCAAAGCCUAGAGGGAGGGGUUGUUCAGAAGGGCCAGUGACCCUGAACUCACACCUGUAAACAGCCUCACAGGUGAACUUUGAGUUGUUAUUUCCAGUGAGGUUAAUAGAAAUUCCCAGGAUAGUUCAACAAGGCUGGGGAGCUGAGGUCCCCUAAAGCUUUCAGCUGUACCUUAUUCCUACCACAUGUAAUGUGGACUAUGGUUUCUUCUGAAAAAAAAAAGUAUAUAUAAAAAUUAUUACUUGAUUAAAGAAAAUAUUUCAAAUAACUUUUUGAGGGGGAUGAGAGGUUGAGACAGACUCUUUCUACAUAGCCCUGGCUGUCUUGGAACUUACUUUGCAGACUAGGCUGGUCUUGAAUCUGCAGAGAUAUGCCUACCUUUACCUUCUGAAUGCUGGGAUUAAAGCUGUGUGCCACUAUGCCUGGUAUCAACUUUUCAAAAAAGAUUUACUUUGUAACGUUAUGUAGGUAUGUGUGCCUUCACAUCAGUGUUGACAGUGAUUUCUGUCCUGCCUGGUCCUGCAGUCAUUCAGUCUCAAAGAAAUACUCUGAGGUCUACAUUAAUUAUACUGGUUGGCCUAUUAGCUCAGGCUUCUUAUAAACUCUUAUAUCCUACAUUAACCCAUAAUUCUUGUCUGUGUCAGCCAUGUGACUUGGUACCUUUUAUCAGCGAGGCAGUCUCAUUUUCCUCUGUCUGAAGGACGACUGCAGACUGAACCUUUCCUUUUCCCAGAAUUCUCCUGUUCUGGUCACCCCACCCCUACUUCCUACCUGGCUACCGGCCAAUCAGCAUUUUAUUAAAACAGUACAAGUGACAAAACUUUACAAAGUACAGGACCAUUGUCCCACAGCACAUGGACAUGGGUAUGUUGAGUACAGGAACCAGAGGAGGACAGAGAUGUCAGAUCCAUUGGAGCUGGCAUUACAGAGACCAAGCUUGACAAGUGCUGAGCUUGACUCAACUUAGGCCCUCUAAAGAGUAGCAAGUGCUCUUGACCCAUCUCUCCAGCCCCUCAAAUAUCACAGCUUUUUUUUUUUUAGCAUUUAUUUUCUGUAUAUGAAUGCUCUGUCUACAUGUAUGCCUGCAUGCCAGAAGAGGGUGACAGAUCCCAUUAUAGAUGGCUGUGAGCCACCAUGUAGAUGCUGGAAAUUGAAUUCAAGACCUCUGGAAGAGCAGCCACUGAGCCAUUGCUCAGUCCCAAAUAACACAACUUUUUACAAGGACCAUUUGGGCCUUUCUGAGAGUGCUACAUGCUUUGAGGUAAACAGCAGUAGCCCAGACCCGUUCCUAGCCCCAAAUACACAGGAAUAAUUCAGGACCGUACAGGGAUGUGUGGCAAGCCUGACUAGCCAGGCUACCUGCUCAAAAUUUCGUGAUGCUUAUUUACCAGGGGCAAAAAAUUUGAAUCUUGGCUAGGCAUAGUAAUGCACACCUUUAAUCCCAGCACUUGGGGAGGCAGAAGCAGGUGGAUCUCUUGAGUUUGAGGGCAGCCUACUUUACAAAGUGAGCUCCAGGACAGCCAAUGCUGUUACAGAGAAACCCUGUUUCGAAAAACAAACAAACAAGCAAACAAUUUGGAUCUUCAAGCUAUCACUCAGGAAAGAUGUAGAAUGUAGAAUGACCCCAGGCCUUGGGGCCUGAUGUUUGUCCUAUCUACUCUGCCUUCUCAGCCCACUGCUUUGUCUGCUCUCAAUUGUGACCUCAUUGUUCCAGAAUGAGCUCCUUCCUGGGUCCUUUAGUUUCUGGACUCUCCCCUGUAAUGGAGCUAGGGCUGUAAGAGACAGUAUAUGUUGUGUUGACAGCAGGGAUGGUUUUCUUGGGGAGUUAUUGACCAGGAAUGGAUGCCAGUUCAGCUAAGGGGGGCCCAGUUUGCCAUGGCCAAACUGAUUCACUGUCCUCUGCACUCUGGGGGCCACUAGAUAAGGAAUGACGAGGGAAACCAAAGAAAAUAAGCAGGACAGAGUAGAAGACCUCACAGCCAGCAGAAGGCAGAAGCAUCUCAUAGCUAAAUGACACUUUUCCCACUGAGAGCAGGGGACAAGACCCAAACCUUACAUGAGGCUUGCCAGACUACGUCUGAGUGCUAAGGUGGCCUCACCUCACCCCAUCCCCCCUGGCUGCCUUCCUCACAAUGGGGUUUAUUGCUGAGGUGUCAGAGGGCAUACUAGAGGAGGGUGAGGCAGGGGCCUGCCUGCCAGACACCCGCAGGGCUCCGGCCCAUUCAAGCAUGAACCAUACCAUCUGGGCUCCGCCACUCCCAGCGCGUUCUUAGCUCUCUGCCUGAGGCCUAGGGCCCUGGAGGACUUCUUAGAGUUCCUCCAGCAACCAUCAUGCAAGGUGGUGCUGGGGACUGCCCUCGUGCUAGGAGGUGGAGGCCUCAUGCUGUGGGCUCAGAGGAGAAAAAGGAAGACAGAGUGUGCUCGAGACAAGUCUCCCGAAUCCUGCCUAUCAAAUGACAGCUGGAUCAAGUCUCACUUUAGCUGCCUCUCCGAAGAGAGGUUGCCCACCCACCGCUAUGUCAGCAACAAUGGCCCCUCGUAUGAAAAUAGGCAUGGGGAAGCCAACACCACAUUCCACAUGGACACCCUCACCUCCAAACACGGAGAAGGAAGCAUGGCUCUGCACCGAGAUUCCUUUGCCAGCAAACAGAAGGUGUCUGGGACCUCAGUGACCAAAGAGACCCAGAGGGAGUCAAGAAAGCCCUCGUCAAUGGAGGACGAAACAUGGGCCGCAGUGGCUGCUUGUGCCAAGGAGAUCGAUGCCAAGGGGCAUCACCUGGCUAAUUCCAUGCUGCAACGCGCCACGACCUACCAGCAUAUAGGUCACGUGGAAUCCAGGGACAUCAGCCCAGAAGAGCUGAAGGCUCUGGAGGAGGUGGAUAUAAAGCUGAAAGGGACUUUCCUCACUCAGCGGGAAACCUCCAUAGCUGGUUCCAACCAAAGUCACACCAUCUAUAGCCAGAGUCGCCAUGGGCACCAGAGCCAGCACAGGCAUUCAAACCACCAGAGUAAUCAGAGUCAUCCUGUUUACUCCAGCCACCAGGGUCAUCACCCAGAUCACUUGAGCCACCAGGGUCAUCCAAGUUACUCAAGUCACCAGAGCCACCAGAGUCAUCUGGGCCACUCAAGCCACCAGAGCCACCAGGGUCAUCCAAGUUACUCAAGUCACCAGAGCCACCAGAGUCAUCUGGGCCACUCAAACCACCAGAGCCACCAGGGUCAACCAGGUCACGCAAGCCAUCAGAGCCAUAGUCUGCCCAACCGCAGCCACCAAACCUAUGACUCUUGAAGCCACUUAACCAUGUGCCCCUUCCCCCAGCAGGGCCGGCUCACAUACGCAGGCCUGUUUUCUCUUCUAUGGGGAAACCUGCUUGGUCCAGGGUGAGAGGCUGCCACCCAAAUGCCUACUUCUGGCCCCCACGAGUGAGGGAGGAAGGGAUGCAGCUUCAACAGCCCGAGGGCCCUGAAGACCCACGAGAGAAGACAUGAGGCAGAUUACAGAAGCAGCCACCACAAGCCCCACACUGACUCCACAUGCCUGAAUGGAGCCAAUAAAGCCCUACAUGCCCUCAUUCUGCGUCCAGGGACUCUAUGGUCAGCUGAGUUCUGGGCAGGGUUGGAGGAGAGGGUGUGUCCCCAGCAGUUCUGUAGGUGGGCCUUGGCUGGGGGCCUUCUCAUUGCACCAGCCUUAAGACCAUAGCAGUUUCCCCUGCCAGAGGUCUCACACCCACCCGCCUACUGCUGCCAAGGAACCAGGGUGGAGCACGGGCUGGGCAAGAGGUGACCAGGGGCAGGCUUUCAGCAAAGAGUAAGUCGUAAGUCAUCCAGGUGGGACUUUGGGCCCCAUUCUCUUGGGUCCAUGGGGAUCCUGUGUCCACAGCUUAGAGCUGUAUAUGACACAUCUGGGUCAUGUCACCAUUGCUUGAGUCUUGUGACUGCUACAUCUGCUCCAGUGUUCAGACUACAGCUGCCUCCUGCCUCCUGUCCUCUUCCCCUCCCAAGGUUCUACCUUUCUGCUUAUCCUGAUGCCCGCCCCCCCUACAGCCUACCUUUCUUCCGGCCUCCUACACGCCUGGCAUUCUCUCUGAGUCUUCCUCCUAGGACCCUCUACCCCCAAAUCAAGCAGCCACUUCUGUGAGUCUUUAGACAGGUCAACAAGUCACUGCCUGACUCCAGGUAAAUCUUUGACAUAAAUUUGAGUCUGUUAAGUUUUUACCUUGUUGGUCUUAUCUGGGGCAAGUCACUGAGUAUAGCUAAGGUCAUAAACACCUUAAAUGUGGUCAGUUGAUUAGUAUUUUUUAGUUUCUGGACAUUGCUAGUAUAAAUUUGUAUGAAUGAAAUUUAAAUUUUUUUAAUUUGCUGUUGGCAUAUGAUAUGAACAUGUAGAGAUCAGAGGGCAAUCUUAUGGGGUCAUUUCUUUCUUCCCACCUUUGCAUGGAUCCAGGAAUUUGAUUCAGGUCUUCAGGUUUGCACUAUCAAGGUGGCAGGAGUUUUGGAACCACUGGACCAUUUCACUGCCCAAGUAUAUAUGAAUUUUUAUUUUCAUAGUUUUCAGCAGAAUAAAUAUAAACUGAGGGGAAACAAAAAAAAUUCCUUUGGAUGGUAGGAGUUCCAUCUGAGGAAUAUCCUAUAUUGGCAUAUUUUAAAUAUUUCAUAAAAUUUUGUACCUGUUGGUGGUUGCACAUGCCUUUAAUCCCAGCUCUUAGGAGGCAGAGGCAGGCAGAUCUCUGUGAGUUCGAGGCCAGCCUGGUCUGUAGAACAAGUUCUGGGACAACCAAGGCUACACAGAAAAACCCUGUCUCGAAAAACAAAAAACAAAAGCAAAACAGAGACAAAAAAAAAAUUGUAAUGAGGAGGCAGAAACAGGUGGAUCCCUGGUACUUCUGGUCAGUCAGCCUAGCUCACCUAGUGCACUGCAGACUAGGGAAAGAACAGAAAGAGAUUGUCGUCUGGUUGCCACAUAAAAGCCCAGCCCCAUGUGCGCACGCGCGCGCGCGCACACACACCCACACCCACACCCACGUACCUGCACAAACAUAGCCACUCAACAGACAAAACUGAAUUUUAAUUGAAAUUGUCAAUUUAAUUGAAAAUAAGUAGGGUUGAUCACAGAGCAAAGUAUUGGAGGCUAAAAACUUUCACAAAACUCAAAAGAGUGGUGAGAUUUGGCACCUGAAAAGACUAGAAAUACAAGCACAGAACUUGAGACACAGCUCAAUGAUGGAGCCCCUGGCUGCUAUGUUCAAGGCCAUGGGUUUGUUUCUUAGCCCAGAAAAGACAAAAGAGUGUAUACCUGGGACAUCUGAAAUCAUGUACUUAAAGACUUACAUAAAUUUUCUAAUUAGCUCACAAUUUUGGAAUACAUUUUUAAAAGUUUCAGCCAGGCACAGUGGUGUACUAAUGUAAUUUCAACAUUACAUUUAGGAGAGGCAAGAAGGUCAAGAGUUCAAGGUCAUCCCCAGCUACAUAGUUUGAGGCCAGCCUGGACAACAAGAGAUCUUGUGUCCAAAAAAAAAAUUAGAAAAAUAUUUCAAGUUGGCAAAAUUGUGUUCAGCUAGCACCCGUGUUCAUCCUUGGUUCUGUUUCUUGUGCUUAUAAGAUGUUAUCGGCAUUCCUUAUAUCCCAUUUUUAUCUCUGAAAUUCAAAGCUGAGACAGUUGCAGACAGUCCAUGAGCAUAUGCCAAAGUUCUAUUACUGUCCUGUUGUAGGCAAAAUGGCCCACGGGCAGACCACUUAAAUAUAGAUUUUGGUGUGAACAUUUUUAUUAGGGGGAAGAAAAGCCCAUCAGAUGACUGUUGAGACUGACGCGAAGGGCAGCUAAACAGCCACCAGAGUCUGGCCCGAGCUGGGAGGUGGCUGGCUUCCCAGAUCCAGACCUUAUUUGUUUGUUUGUUUACUUAUUUAUUUAUGCAGUAUCCUGCCUAUAGGCCAGAAGAGGGCACCAGUUCUUAUUACAGAAGGUUGUGAGCCACCAUGUGGUUGCUGGGAAUUGAACUCAGGACCCCUGGAAGAGCAUUCAGUGCUCUUAACCUCUGAGCCAUCUCUCCAGCCCCCUCCAUUAAAGUUCUUUAGGAAUUGCUUAAGCAUUUUGUCAGGCAUUUCGUCCUAGAGGGAGGUUAUAAAUUAGAUCAUGUUUUCUUUUUUUUUUUUUAAAAAAAAAAAAAAAAGGUCUGCUUCAGGCCUGCACAUUCAGGAUGGUUAUUUUAUACAGCAGAUUGUCAACACUCACCUCAGUGAGUCUGGGUUGGUCGCCAUUCCAAGGCUGUUCUUCCAGACUGGGUGACUCCAGGUCAAGCAAGAAGAGCACAUAGUAGGACAACAAGAUGCUAUGGGCUGCAGGGCCCCGAGGGACAGGGAUUUGAGACACUUACUCUAGGAUUGUGAGAGGUCUCGGCUGGCUUCGAAGCAGAAAGGCAUUCCAUAAGCUUCUGCGCAGAGGCAGGAGAAUGGCAGUGGUUGUGGGUGGGGGAGAACCCCGACAUUUGUUUUCGUGGUGCUUGGGAAUCCAACUAGGGCCUUGCACAACCAAGCAAGUGGUAUCCAAGGCAUGCCCCAGUCUGGAUUGAUGAAGAACAUUACUAGAUGGGGGAAGGCUAAGGAGAAAGCAGAAACCACUGUGGGACUUAGGACGAAGGAGGACUUUGGAGCCCAUCUGCUCCAGAUCUCGUCUUGUGGAAGAGGUCAGGGUGAGAAAGCUUGCCUGAUCCCUUGGAGUGGCUGAAGGACUCCAAGCACCUUCUGCAUGUGAGCACACACAGGGAACAUGAUUUAAAAAAAAAAAAAAAAAAAAAAGAACAGAGAGGGGGAACUCAGAGGAGAAGGGCUCAGUGGCCAGAGACCCACAGAGGGUCCCAGGAUACACUUGGGAGGAGGAGGUGAUGAUGAGUCACCAGGGUCACCCCUUCUGUGAGACACUGUGCUUGCUUUAGGCCACAGUAAAUCACCAGGUUGCCUCUGUAGCCCAGGCCUGCUCAGCACCCUUCUCAGGCCUCGCCCACCUGAGCGGCUUCCACAGUGAGAGGGACUUCUGUGCAAGGUGGGGACGGGAGUUGAGAGGUUCUCCCAUCUGGCCCAGCCACACUCGGGCUUUAAAGGGAACUUUCUUCCAACUCCAGGAGGAUUGCAGCUCACACCCACACAGCACUCGGCUCCAGUUAAGUUCUUUACAAAGAGCAUCUCAUUUUAACUUCACUGUUUGAGAAAAAUAACAGUAUCUCCACUUUUCAGUUACGGAAGCUUAAGUUUGGUUAAGCAAUUUUCUUUUUUUAAUUUAACUUUAUGUAUGUUGGUGUGAAGGUAUCAGAUUCCCUGGAACUGGAGUUACAGACAGUUGUGAGCUGCCAUGUGGGUACUGGGAAUUGAACCCGGGUCCUAUUGGAAGAACACCCAAUGUUCUUAACCGCUGAGCCAUCUCUCCAGCCCUCUUUUUAUCUUCUUUUUUUAAAGAAAUUUAUACACAUCUGUGUAAUUUGUGUCUGUCAUGUAUGUGUGUGUGUGUGUAGACUACAAAAGGGCCCUAGAUUCCCCAGAGGUGGGGUCACAGGCAGUUAUGAACUGCCUUGGAAACUGAGCUUGAUUGGACAUGCAGCCAGGGUAAGGAGGGGGCGAUUGGACAUGCAGCCAGGGUAAGGAGGGUGUUGUUUGCAGCACCAGUUCCUAGAUGUCAAAGUGCUUUCUGGGACAUUUUCCUAGCUGAGCCAUUAAAGCAACUCUGCAAGUCAGGGCUGGAAUGACUUUUACUUAUGACAUAGAAAAGGAAGUGAAGACUUGCAGGUGUGAUGACUUCCCAGGCUGCAUGCUUGGGAGUCAGGUACAGGCCUAGUGCCUGAUUCUGGAGGCAGGGUGGGGGCUGGGGUGGUAAGGAGUAAGUGUGAGAGGCUCUAUCUGCCAUAGGAGACUGGAAUAGAGGGCCUGCUGCUGCCUCUGGGGCCAUCAGACCCUGCUUUCUGCUUUGAGAGUCACCUAUGGAGCCCAGGGGCUGCUGUGAUUGAGUACGAGAUGAAAAGUGACUGUGGCUGGUUAGGGACCACAGCAUAUGCCUGUCACAACUCGAGGUAGCAGAUAACUUCAGCAACUAAAUAGAAGUGGCAUGAUCUCGGUUUUGAAAUGGCUAAGGGUUGGCCCAAUGUUGGUUAAAUGGGAGCCUUCCCCAGGGCAAGCAGCUUCUUCAAAGAGGUUGGACACUCCCAGGAAGCAGAACAAGAGGCUGCACUCUUCCCCAGUCCCAAGGACCCGACCUCAGGACACACUCACGCUGAAGCCAAACCCCAACUGUUCCAACACAUUCCUUGGGGUAUCACAAAGGAAAAGUCAGUGUCCAGCGAGAAGGUUCCGAGCAGCCCUCCUGGCAGCGGAGCCUAUCGCUUCUGUGAACAACGUGGAAAAUGUGGUAUGAAGUUGAGUCGGCAUCACACUGUGUCCCCUGAAGAGUGACUCACGGGAACACUGUCUCUUGGUCUCAGUGCCAGGAAACUCUGUGUUUCUCCAGGGCAGCUGCUUUGCUCUUGUCUUUCAGAUUCUGUGUAUCUGUUAGGGCCCACAUUUCCCUAGCAGUCUCUACUGGGAAGCUCCCAGUUAAAUUGAUGGUUUGUUACACACAGCUGUAGGGCACGGAUUUUGUAUGCUAAUACUGCGCCCAGCUUUUUUGUGUUUUUCUUCUCCCACUUCACUAUUUAUUUCUAAUCCUAGUGUGUUGUGUGCUGCGUUUGUACACUACUUGUGAUUCUUGUUCUCUCUCUCUCCUGGAAUUCACUCUGUAGACCAGACUGGCCUCAAACGCAGAAAUCCACCUGUCUCUGCCUCACGAAUGCUAGGAUUAAAGGUGUGUACCACCACCAUCUGACUAAUUUAUGAUUUUUAUUGUUUGUUUGAGACAGGGUCUCCCAAAUCCUACAGGCUGGCCUUGAACUCUUGAUUCUCUACUCUCCACCUCCCAAAUGUUGGAAUUAAAGAUGUGAGGUUUUUGUUUUGUUUUAAUGGAAGGACAGUGUCAUUAUUGCCUUUCCUGACACUGAUAAAAUACUCUGACUGAAUGGGGAAAAAAGAAAUAGAAAGGAAAGGCCAUGACUGCUCUUAGGUAUGGAGGAGAAAGUUUAUUGUAGAUAAAAGGGAUAACAUAGCCAGAGGCAGGAUCAUCUGGGGGAGUUGAAAGUGGACAGGAUCCUGAGCCACGGGAGCAGAGGGAGAAUGGGACGGGAAGGGAAGAAGAUGGAACCAGAUGCAGCAGCCUAGGCAAAGGUGAAAGGGGCAGGUAACCAGAAUGGCUAGAUUCCAAGGAAAGAGCCUCUACAGGAAGGGCAGCUAGCCCCUGGGCUGGAGAGUUGGGGUGGGGGUAAAAGGUGGGGUCUGCCAGUUAUCCUCUGUAACAGCUAGGGACUGAGGGAUGCUGGGAGAACCUAUUUGUUAAAUAAGCACCUCCACCAUUUGUCCCAGGGUUUGGGAGACUGAACACUGAGCAGCUUACAAGAGGAAGGGUUUGACUUAGUAUUUGAGGUUCCAGUCCAUCCCGGAGGGGAGGGGCGGGCCUUACAGAAGCAGGAACGAGGCAGCAAGUUGCAUUCACAAUCAAAAAGCAGAAAGCAAUGACCAUGCUCAGUCCAUUUUCUCCUCUUUAUACCAUCCAGAAUCCCAACUUAGUGAAUGGUUCUGCCCACAGUGGGGCUGGCCAGCCCUCUUCAGGUGACCUAAUCAAAAUAAUCCCCCACAGGUAUGCCUGGAGGCCUGGCUCCUGGGGGAGUCUAGAGCUCAUCAAAUGGACAGUUGGGGUUAACCAGUACAGGCAGGGAGAAGGAAAAGAGUAAAUGGGAAACCCAGGAGCAAUGUCUCUGCUAACACUCAUUCCCCGAGGUUCUGCCAAGAGUGUCAGUUCUGCUUGGCUUUCAAAGAAGUAAAAAUAUUGGUACCAUUAACUGAUAUGGGUUAGAAACCUCUCAAACAUGGGGCUGGAGAGAUGGCUCAGUGGUUAAGAGCACUGUCUGCCCUUCCAGAGGUCCUGAGUUCAUUUCCCAGCAACCACAUGGUGGCUCACAACCAUCUGUACUGAGAUCUGGCGCUCUCCUCUGGUGUGUGGGCAUACAUGGAGGCAGAAUGUUGUAUACAUAAUAAAUAAAAUAAAUCUUUAAAAAAAAAAAAAGAAACCUCUCAAACAAAUGGUUGAUAAAACAGGAGGGUGAGCCGGGCAUGGUAGUCCACGCCUUUAAUACCAGCAUUCCAGAGGCAGAUGGAUCUUUAUGAGUUCCCAGUCAGCCAAGGCUACAUAGUGAGACCCUGUCUCAAACAAAACAGCAAGGUGACAAAAAAGAAAAAAAAAAUGCAGUGAGACACCACUUUUGACACAGAAAAUGGCAAAUGUUAGUUCUGAGGAUACCCAGAGUUGGCAUGGGUGAACAGUCAGUUAGCUUUCCUGCUGUGGUGUGUGUGCUGACCAAUUGGAAGCCUGGCACCCAGGAAACUAUACACAGACGUGACUGUCGGGCCUAACUACAGGAACACAGAAGGAAUCCCUAGACAUAGCCAAAGAUUUUUCCAGAAAACGUUCGUUUCAGCGUCAUUUGCAGCAGCAGACAAGAAGUCGAAAUGUCCUCGAGGACAACUGAACAUUGUAUAGAAAUAGAGCACACGAAUCAGAGCUUUGUAUUCUGCUGCAGACAAACGCAAAACAAUGCCAAACGAAAAUAGCAAACUGCAGGUUAUGUAAGCCUGGCUCCAUUUCUCUGAAGUAUAAGUCAUCUUAUUUCUGGGUCCUUAUAUUUGUUGCACGUGUAUAAAGAUAUGAAAGAAAACAGUAAACACCUGAGCUGGGGCAGAAAGCCCAAGUGGGAGAUAAUGGGAAGGGUGGUCAUGGACGCAGCGAACAUGGGUGCAGGCUGUGUUAUAGGCCGUUCUUUCUGGUACAGUUAAAGUAUCUCACUCAAAGCAAAAUGGGGGGUGCACUGCUAUGCAUCUGUUGAGAGCCCUGUGUUUAUGUCAGGACAGGGAUGGGAAGGGUGGGCAGAAAGCCCUGGUGGGAAAGUAACUCUGGGGACUGCAGUACCAGCAUCCUGAUGCUCCCUAGAGGGUAGGAAUGGGUGGGUUGCAGUCAUGGGGCUCUG